AUGGCCGAGAAGCGGAGGGGCUCGCCGUGCAGCAUGUUAAGCCUUAAGGCGCACGCCUUCUCGGUGGAGGCGCUGAUCGGCGCGGAGAAACAGCAACAGCUGCAGAAGAAGCGGCGGAAGCUGGGCGCGGAAGAGGCAGCCGCGGCGGUAGAGGACGGAGGCUGCAGCCGCGGUGGCGAAAAGGGCUCCCCCGAGGGAGACGAAGGCAAUGCUCUCUCGCCGCCGGCUGGGGCGGCAUCCGGACCCGCCCGCAGCUGCGCUGACCUGGAGCUGAACUGCAGCUCCCGCGGAGCCGCGGGAGGCUGUGAGGACGGCUUCCUGCAGGGCUCUCCCCCACUGGCGUCCCCGGGAGGCUCUCGAAAGGGCUCCCCGGCUCCCGCCCCGGCCAGGCCUGGGACCCCGCUGCCAUCACUGCAGGCCCCGCGGGUGGAUCUGCAGGGAGCUGAGCUCUGGAAGCGCUUUCACGAGAUCGGCACAGAGAUGAUCAUCACCAAGGCGGGCAGGCGCAUGUUUCCAGCAAUGAGAGUGAAGAUCUCAGGAUUAGAUCCUCACCAGCAAUAUUACAUUGCCAUGGAUAUUGUGCCAGUGGACAACAAGAGAUACAGGUAUGUUUAUCACAGCUCUAAAUGGAUGGUGGCUGGAAACGCUGACUCCCCUGUGCCACCCCGGGUGUAUAUUCAUCCAGACUCGCCUGCCUCGGGGGAGACUUGGAUGAGACAAGUGAUCAGCUUCGAUAAGCUAAAGCUCACCAACAAUGAACUGGAUGACCAAGGCCAUAUUAUUCUUCAUUCUAUGCACAAAUACCAACCACGCGUCCAUGUCAUCCGUAAAGACUGUGGAGAUGACCUUUCUCCCAUCAAGCCUGUGCCUUCUGGGGAAGGAGUGAAAGCCUUCUCCUUUCCCGAAACUGUGUUCACCACCGUCACGGCCUAUCAGAACCAGCAGAUUACUCGCUUGAAGAUAGAUAGGAAUCCAUUUGCCAAAGGCUUCCGAGACUCUGGGCGUAACAGAAUGGGUUUGGAAGCCCUUGUGGAGUCGUAUGCAUUCUGGAGACCUUCACUGCGGACUCUCACCUUUGAAGAUAUUCCUGGAAUUCCCAAGCAAGGAAAUACAAGUUCCUCCACCUUACUCCAAGGUUCUGGGAAUGGCGUUGCUGCCACCCACCCUCAUCUUCUGUCUGGUUCCCCUUGCUCCUCUCCUGCCUUCCAUCUGGGGCCCAAUACCAGCCAGCUGUGCAGUCUGGCCCCAGCUGACUACUCCGCCUGCACCCGGUCGGGCCUCACCCUCAACCGAUACAGCACAUCCUUGGCAGAGACCUACAAUAGGCUCACCAAUCAGACCAGCGAGACCUUCGCCCCGCCCAGGACUCCCUCCUAUGUGGGCGUGAGCAGCAGCGCCUCCGUGAACAUGUCGAUGGGUGGCGCUGAUGGGGACACCUUCAGCUGCCCACAGACCAGCCUGUCCAUGCAGAUUUCGGGGAUGUCCCCUCAGCUCCAGUACAUCAUGCCUUCACCCUCCAGCAACGCCUUUGCUGCUAACCAGACCCAUCAGGGUUCCUAUAACACUUUCAGGUUACACAGCCCCUGUGCCUUGUAUGGAUAUAACUUCUCCACAUCCCCCAAACUUGCUGCCAGUCCUGAGAAAAUUGUUUCUUCCCAAGGAAGUUUCUUGGGGUCCUCACCGAGUGGGACCAUGACUGAUCGGCAGAUGUUGCCCCCUGUGGAAGGAGUGCACCUGCUUAGCAGUGGGGGCCAGCAGAGUUUCUUUGACUCUAGGACCCUAGGAAGUUUAACUCUGUCAUCAUCUCAAGUGUCUGCACAUAUGGUCUGAUGAAGCCUUUAAGUCUAAUAU